ACUUUUAUUCUUAAAAGAAAUCAGAAUUGUACGUUUCCUAAUUAGGAAGUCUAGAUCGAUACGCGCAAUUAGGUACAAAGUUGAAAGAAUAAACAAAAACAAAUACCUAUAACUGAAAUGGCUGUCAAAAUCAUAAACAUCUCCAUCUCCAUCAUCAUCUAGUUCUACAAAGGUUUUGAGAUAUAGACGAUGAAGGUAGAGGAACUUAUUCUUGAUGGGUUCAAAUCCUAUGCCACACGUACUGUUAUAUCUGGUUGGGAUCAUCAAUUCAAUGCCAUUACAGGAUUAAAUGGAUCAGGGAAAUCAAAUAUUUUAGAUGCUAUAUGUUUUGUAUUGGGGAUAGCGUCGAUGACAACGGUGAGAGCAUCGAAUUUACAAGAUUUAAUAUAUAAAAGAGGACAAGCUGGUGUUACCAAAGCCAGUGUCACGAUUGUGUUUAAUAAUUCUGAAAUAUCCAAAUCACCAAUCGGUUUUGAAAACUGUACGACUAUAAGUGUUACUAGACAAGUCAUCUUAGGAGGGAGUUCUAAGUAUUUGAUUAAUGGUCAUAAAGCUCAACAACAAACUGUUUUGAACUUGUUUCAAUCGGUUCAGUUGAAUAUUAAUAAUCCUAAUUUCUUAAUUAUGCAAGGUAAAAUUACAAAAGUGUUGAAUAUGAAACCAGCUGAAAUUUUGUCUUUAAUUGAAGAAGCUGCAGGUACCAGGACAUUUGAAGAACGUAAAGAUAAAGCCCAAAAGACUAUGGCUAAGAAAGAAGCAAAAUUAACUGAGAUUAGAACUUUGUUAAAGGAAGAAAUCGAACCAAAAUUGGAGAAAUUAAGAAGUGAUAAGAGAAAUUUUCUUGAAUUUCAACAAAUUCAAACUGAUCUUGAAAAGUUAAGUAGAAUAACUGUUGCUCAUGAUUAUAUUAAAUUAUCCAAGAAUUUCACUAAUCAAUCCAACUUUUUGAAUGAAAAUGAAUCUAAGAUUAUUGAUUUAAAUAAUGAAAUCCAAAAAUUAGAUCAAGAAAUUGCUAGUUUAAAUGAAGAUUUAAAUCAGAUUAAACUAAAAAGAGAACGUGAAUUGGAUAGUGAGGGUAAAUUAAAAGAAUUAGAACAGCGAGAAGUUGCAUUAAGUAAUGAAAUAGCAAGAUUAACUACUUCAAAAGAUAUAACGGAAGACAACAAAAAGGAUGAAAUUAAGAAAAAGGAGAGGUACGAACAACAACUUAAGGAAACUCAAUUAAAUCUUGAUAACAAUGCUGACAAUUAUAAUAGCUUUGAAUCUAAAUUUAAACAAUCAACUGAAGAGUUGAAUAGAUUAAAAGAGGAGUUUAAUACUAAAGAAGAGUUACUUUCAUCAUUAUCAACCGGUAUGUCAUCUUCUGGUAAUGUUAGUUCUGGUUAUACAAGUCAAUUAAAUGAAAGUAAAGAAAAAUUAAAUGGAUCCCGAAAUUUUAUAAAGACAUCUAAAUUAAAAAUCAAUCAUCUUGAAAAUCAAAUAAAAAAUGAUUCCAUCAAGCUACAGAAGGCAAAACAAGAGAAUGAAUCCUUAUUAGGAGGUAUAAAUCAAUAUAAAUCAGAAAUUGAAACCAAUGAACAACGUGUACGAGAUCAAUUAGGUUUUGAUCCAGAUGAAAUGAUACAGUUAAGAGAACAGGAAUUAAAAUUGAAUAAAGAAUUCCAAAAGUUAAAUAACGAGUUGAAUUAUGUGAAACGAGAUCUUGGAAAUAAUAAUAUCGAGUUUCAUUAUUCAAGACCGUCUGUGAACUUUGAUGAUAAUGCUGUUAGAGGUUUAGUAUCUCAAUUAUUCUUAUUACCAGAUCAAUCAUUCGAAAAGGCAUUAGCUUUACAAGUAUGUGCUGGUGGAAGAUUGUAUAAUGUUGUGGUGGAUGAUUCCGAUACUGCUACUCAAUUAUUGGAAAGAGGACAGUUGAGAAGAAGAGUUACUAUCAUUCCAUUGGACAAGAUUAAUGCUUAUGCUAUAGAUCAACAAACCAUUAAUUAUGCUAAACAAUUGGCACCAAAUAAGGUUGAAUUAGCAAUUAAUUUGAUUGAUUUUGAAGAUGAAUUAACUAAAGCAAUGCAAUAUAUUUUUGGAAGCACAUUCAUUUGUAAUGAUCCUAAUACUGCAAAGAUCAUUACUUUUGAUCCUAAGAUUCGUAGUAGAUCAAUUACUUUAGAAGGAGAUGUUUAUGAUCCUGAAGGUAAUCUUUCUGGUGGGUCUAGAAGAAACGAUUCAUCUAUUUUAAUUAAAAUCCAACAAUAUAAUAAAAUAUAUCAACAAGUGAAACAUGUCAAUCAUGAAUUACAAACUGUUCAACAAGAAAUUUCUUAUAAACAAGGCUUAAUUGAUAGUACGAGAGAAUUAAGUAAUGAGAUUUAUUUAAAGAAGCAUGAAUUAGAAUUGUUAGAGAAGAAAUUAAGUCAUAAUCCAUCAUCUAUGAUUUUGAAACAGAAUGAAGCUAAUGAGGCUGAAAUCAAUGAUUUAAAUAAUCAAAUAAAUACUGAAGAAACCAAUUGUUUGAAUUAUGAACAAUCAAUUAAAAGAAUCGAACAAGAUAUUAAAGAGUUUAGUAAUGAUAAAGGAACCAAAAUCAAAGAUUUAAAACAAGAAGUUGAUAAAUUAAAGAAAGUUAUUAAUAAACAACAAUCCAAAUUAGAUGAAUUAACUGAACAAUAUCAAAAUUUACAAAUUGAAAAUGAUCAACAAAAAUCAGAAUUAAAGAAUAUUGAAGAAAGUAUUAUAAAUGUGAAUGCCAGUAUUCAAGAACUUGAUGGAAAGGAAAAAUCAAUCAAUAUAGAUAUUGAAAAGUUUAAUGAUCAAUUAAUAAUCAAUAAAGCUGAAUUAGAUGAAGAACGAGCUAAUUUAUUAGGAUUAGAUGAAGAAAUUAAUGAAUUGAAUCUUGUGAUUAAAAGUAAGAAUGAUUUAAGUAAUGAAAUCAAAUUACAAUUACAAAAGUUGAAUCAUGAAUUAGAGAAAUCUGUUGGUGUUACUAAAGUAUUAAAGGUUAAAUUGGAUGAAUUAAUUCAUGAAAAUGAAUGGGUGACUGAUAUUCAAGUUAUAAAUAAUUUAAUUGAAAACAAUCCAAAUAUUAAUUUAGAAGAAUCGAAAGAACAAUUGGGCAUAUUAGAAGAAAAAUUCACUAGUAUGAGACGGAAAGUUAAUCCAAAUAUCAUGAGUAUGAUUGAUAAUGUAGAGAAGAAAGAAACGUCCUUAAAGCAAAUGGUUAAAACAAUUGAAAAGGAUAAAAAUAAGAUUAUUGGUACUAUAGAUAAAUUGAAUGGAUAUAAACGAGAUACUUUAAAUACCACGUAUCAAAAGGUUUCCAUUGAUUUUGGUCAAAUCUUUGCUGAUUUAUUACCAGGAUCAUUUGCUAAAUUAGUUCCAGUUAAUAUGAUGGAUGUUACAAAAGGGUUAGAAGUUAAAGUUAAAUUGGGAGAAGUUUGGAAGGAAAGUUUAGUUGAAUUAUCAGGAGGUCAAAGAUCAUUGAUAGCAUUAUCAUUAAUCAUGGCUUUAUUACAAUUCAAACCUGCUCCAAUGUAUAUUCUUGAUGAAGUUGAUGCCGCAUUAGAUUUAUCACAUACUCAAAACAUUGGACAUUUAAUUAAGACCAGAUUUAAAGGUUCUCAGUUUAUAGUGGUUUCAUUGAAGGAAGGGAUGUUCACUAAUGCCAACCGAGUAUUCAGAACUCGUUUCCAAGAUGGAACAUCAGUUGUAUCAGUUAUGUAACGAUACUGUAAUGGUUAUGAUAAUGAUUAUAAUUAUGAUUAUAAUCAUAAUUA